ACAUACAGUUACACCAACAUUUCAUUCGACAACCAACGGCCAAGUUGAGCGUACACAUAGCACCCUGAUCGAACUCGCUCGAGUCCUAGCACAGGAACAUAACCACUCACCGGAAGACGAAAUUUUUAACGCGGUACGACGAUACAACAAAACAAUUCACUCAGUCACAGGAGAGAAACCCGAGGACGAGUUCUUUAAUCGAGGAGGGUAUCCUGACAUUAGAAAAAACUCGAAACAAAUCAAAACAAAGUGCUUUCAUACCAUAAUAAAAAUCGUAAGAGUAUCACUUACAAAAAAGGGGACGUUAUAUACUCCAAAACACACCGUCGAAACAAAAACGUACGAAAAUACGAAAUACGCGAAACAUACAAUAAAAGAAGACAGAGGUGACACAAUACUUACAAAUCGUGGUACAGGUAUACACAAAGACAAUAUACGAGUGCAAACAUGCAAAGAAUAAUAAUUUUAUUUUUAACCUCCACCGCCCUCUGCGACAGUAUAAUUGAUUUGAAGGACAAAAAAUAAGUAAUGAUAGAAACCGACCCAGUAUACGUGUACCACGACACUUAAUUUUUAUAUCAUGUAGCAAACAUUUCAAAAAUAUUAGCACCCUAUGACAAAAUAGUACGAUCUACUUACAAUCUCGAAGAGAGACACUUAAGUCACAAUUACUUCCUAACAUCUUUAGGGAUAGACGUUCACUUAACUUUCUAGGGUCAGCUCUUAAAAUUAUUACGGGUACACCCGAUCACGACGACUUAAUCGAAAUUAAGACAGGAUUAAAUAUGCAGUAACAAACAAAAGAAAAUAAAUUCACAGUUUGAAAGAAUUUAAGAGACUCUCGAUCCUAAAAUUAUAACAGAUGAUUUAGUGAUGACCGAAGUAUACAACGAACUAUCCUCUGUCGCUAAUACAAUUAAUUUUGCAAAAAAUGGAAACUUCUACGCAGGAACUCUAAACUUAAAGGAUAUUCAACAAAUAGUAUCCAAUGAAGCAUCACCUUUAAUAAAUAUAUUAUAAUACUCUGACAUACAUGUCUGCUACUUUAACCACGCAAUUGUAAUAAAUAUCCAAUAUUAAACACAAAAUGUAACUUGUUCAAUAUAUACCCACUUGCAUACAAACAUGGAAAGAUAUUAUUAGAUUCUAAGAUAGCAAAAUGUAACAAUGUCUUUGCACCUAUUGAAAAAUGUAAAAACUAUGUUGGGAACUAUAUAUGUAAAAUUAAGAACUCAGACAAUUGCACUAUUAACAUAUUGGAGAAUAAGCCUGCCAAAUGUGAAGUGAUACACGAAAACAACGCACCACUCCAAAUACUUGAAAACGGAAAUAUCAUAACAGAUUACAACCACACCUGGAACAACAUAAAAAUAGAUGGGCCGAAAUUAAUACAAUUCAACUACUCUGCAACAAUCGAUGGAAAACAAUAUUCCAACCUGCAACAGGAAUACAAAGAUGUCAUAUACAAACAACAUGACGAACAACUAGAAGUCCUAUGUCAAUGUCAACUUUCCUGAUACCAAUCGAGGAACAUCCCGUCCAAUACACCUUCUACUGCAUCCUGGGGUUAUGCACACUAGCAUUACUUAUUUAUGGUAUAGACAAACUCUGCACAUGUUACAUAGCAAAGAAAGCGGAAGCAAGAAGAACAAGCAUCGACGAAAUGUAUCAAAUAGAACUAUUCAGACUCCAACAAGAACAACAUAUACGUUAAAGCGAGGACGCUUCAUUUUAAGAAGGAGGGGAGUUAAUGACUUCGUCACAAGGCACGUAAACAAAGUUUCCACUAAGCAUCAUCAAUAACAACCAAACAUGCAUUAUCAAGAAAUGCAUUCUCAACAUGUAAACAACAAACAUCUGGCAAUGGAAUAAUCCACUGCGAUAACCACCGCCGCAUCUCAACAAUAACAAACAAGUGAUAACAAGAUAACAGAUACCGAAUUUCAACAAAGAAAUGGCAAGCAGGUUAUAACUACCGCAUCUCAAUAACAACAAACAACUUGCUACCAGAUAACAGCAGCCGCAUCUCACUAGUAUAAAUAGCUGUAAGAUCUUAUAUUAUAAACAGUUUUAAGAAUAUCAAUAAAGUGUACGCAUUUCGGCGUAGUAAUAAAAAUAUAUUUUUUUAACUCAUAUCGUGAAAGCGAUAUUAACUCGUGACAACAAUAGAGCCUAACCCAAAAAAAAAAAAGUACACGCACUACUAAAACAACACGGCAACUAAAUAUGUACAAAUCACUUGAAAGCAAUCAAGCAAACAACAGUGUUCGAACUUGGCGUAAUCGCUAUUAUUCUGAACAUUCUGGUGACCCCUGUGAAAGGACAUUCAGCUUAAACAAGGCCAGUGCAGCAGUUUAAGGAGCCACAAAACUAAACUAAAAGAAGAAAAAUGGAUCGUUUCGAGGAUUUAACCAGACAACAAAGAGAAACGGGCGGCAAUAUUGAAUCAAUUGUCCGAAACUUUAAAAAGGACCCGCAAUCCAGGAAGCAGUCAGUCAGCUAUUACGAAGAGCGAUUGAGAAGACUGGACAGCGAGUGGUCGAAGUUUAAAACAACUGACUUCGACUGCUUGAAAACCCCCAGCUGGACCACGACUACUUUACAAAGGACUACUAUAAUAAUAUAAUGGAAAUCGUAAAUCAGUACAAGGAGAUUUUCGAGCCCGCAGUGCUCCAAUUGGCUCAAACCCCGGCGAGAGAAUUGCGCUUAACAACUGGUGAAGGAAGUACCAACAUGAUGCUUCAGCUUCAAAAGUCAACACAGAAGCACGGCAUGAUACUGGAACCAAACAGGCAGCUUCCAACGAGUACACUAAACUAGUUCACAGACAAGGGGUAAUGAUGGCCUCGUUGCGACGGUUACUGAACGACAACGUUUCACCACAAUGUGUUCCAACAAUUAAUAAACUGUGGGAAAAUAUAGAAGACAUUCACUUCAGGAUAUAUGAGAUGUUCGACAACCCAACUGAGCAUGGCUACAAGGUCGAUAACUUCAUUUCACUUGAAGAAAAGGUAUGGAGUACUUUGCAAGCAGCUAGUAGUGACUCCCAUACUGAGCAAUCUUCAAACCAACUUCCGAUUAAACUGCAAUCCAUUUCAUUGCCGAAGAUAAUAAUUCCAAAAUUCGAUGGCACCUAUUUAAAAUGGCAAGAAUUUCAUGACCUAUUCUCGCAACUGGUAAUAAAUCAACCUCUUUCAAAAGUUCAGAAAAUGUGGUACUUGAAAACUCACUUAGUGGGGGAGGCUGGAAAUCUAAUUAAACAUUUCGCAUCAACAGGAGAGAAUUUUGAUGCAGCUUGGUUCAUGCUUCUGGAGAGUUACAACAACAAACGCUUGCUGGUCAGCAAGUUAGUACAUGAGCUAACUACUACACCUGGAAGCACAUCAAUGGACAAUGUCAAAAAACUGCAUGACACAACACAAGAAUGUAUAUUAGCAUUGCAAAAUUUGCAGAUAGACACAUCGACAUGGGAUCCACUUCUGCUCCCCCUUCUACUAAAGAAAUUGGAUCAACCGACUCGUUUGCGGUACGAACAAUCAUUAUCAAAGCCACGGGAGGUACAAACACUCAAGGAAUUCCUGCAAUUUCUGGAGAAACACUUUCAAUCCAUGGAAGCGAUGGGUGUCAAAGACAAAUCUACAAGCUCAACUGCAAAGGUGUGCACCUCAGUCACAUCCAAAGGUCAUAGAAAUGACACUUGCAGCAUGUGCAAAAAAGGAAAACAUCCAUUAGUUUCUUGCAAGGAAUUUUUACAACAGUCUCCAUCGGCACGCUUUCAGUUCAUACAAGGGCAGAAAUAUUGCAACAAUUGCCUAAAACCGGGACAUGUUUCUAAAAAUUGUAUAUUAAGAAACUGUCUGAAAUGCAACAAAAAACACAACACACUGUUACAUUUCGAGGAUUCAAAAAGGGAUGUGAGCAAAGACAUUACAUCAGUAGCCACUCCAACACAAGGAAACGAAUCGCAAAGUACUACACCAUCCAGGACCAAAUCAACGCCAUCAAAAGACGAAGCAGCGUCACUUACCACCGCAAAGCACACAAAGUCAAACACAUAUGUACUACUCAGCACUGCCAUGGUGAAAGUUAGAGGAAUCGGAACAGAAGUGCAGUGUCGGGCAAUUCUCGAUUCAGGCUCACAAGUUAAUUUUGUGACUGAACGACUGGUUAAACGUAUUGGCAUCUCAACUAAACCAUCAAUCUCCAUUAGUGGCAUCAGGUCGAGGAGCACUAAGAUACAGCAUCGAGUCAAUGUGGCGCUACAGUCUCGGAUCAACAACUUUACAACGCGGCUAGAGGCAGCGGUAUUGCCUCAGAUUAUAUCCCCGCAGCCUUCGCAAGAAAUCAAGAUCGACGAAUGGCAAAUACCUGAGAACAUCAUGUUAGCCGAUCCAUCAUUCAAUCGUCCUGACAAAAUUGAUAUAUUGUUGGGGGCGGAAUUCUACAACCAACUGAUGGCAGCAGGGCAAAUCAAACUGUCAGAUGACCUACCCAUUCUGAAAAUACAGUGCUGGGAUGGAUCAUAACGGGAAAAGUUGGUGGCAACUACAUCUCAAAUGCAAUAUGUGGAAUCUGUACCAACGAUGACAUCAACUUAGAUGCAGCCAUUGCUCGAUUAUGGGAACCUGAGGAUGUUGCAACUGUAAGAAAACAACAUUCCGUAGCAGAAAAACAGUGCUCAUUUCGCACAACAUACACUCAUCAAUGAAAAUGGGAGAUUCAUGGUAAGACUACCGUUUCAUGAAAAUCCGGAGGCCUUAGGGGAAUCCUAUGGGAUGGCGUAUAAUCGAUUCCUGGCCUUAGAACGUCGACUGGCAAAAUCGCUCCAGACAAAGAAUCAAUAUGUACAAUUUAUGGAGGAAUAUGAUAACUUGGGGCACAUGACGCAAGUGGAUAUUGAUUCCAUCAGUAAACCUAGGUACUUCAUUCCUCACCAUUGCAUUGUGAGACCCUAAAGCCGCACUACAAAAUUACGUGUGGUGUUCGACGCAUCAGCAAAAUCGUCCACUGGCAUGUCUUUGAACGACCUCAUGUAUACCGGACCCACUGUUCAGAGCGAGCUUUUCACCAUUUUACUUCGCUUCCGUUUGCCCAGGUUCGUCUUCACCACAGAUGUAGAAAAAAAUGUAUCGACAGAUGCUCAUUCAACCGGACGAGCGCAAAUUCCAACUUAUCAUCUGGCGAAAGGAUUCAAGCCUACCAGUAAAGCAUUAUCAGCUAAAUACAAUCACAUAUAGGACAAGAUCUGCUCCAUAUUUAGCCACCAAAUGUUUGCAGAAAAUUGCAAAAGAACUCUGGCAACUGAAGCUGACAUGGGAUGAAGCAUUACCAGCCGAUUUGAAUGAGAGAUGGACAACAUUUCGAAAUCAUUUGCAAAAAUUGGACAACAUGCAAGUUUCCCGGCACGUGUUUGAAGGAUACAUCCCAGCAAAAAUUCAAAUUCAUGUCUUCUCCGACGCAUCAGAAAAGGCAUAUGGUGCUGCGAUUUACAUUAGAUCCGAGCUGGAUGAGGACGAGUAGAAGUGAGGCUGCUCUGUGCAAAAUCACGUGUGGCACCCUUGAAACGGCUUGAGCUCUGUGCAUCAGUACUGGGUGCUCAACUAACUACAAGGGUCAAAUCAGACCUUAAGCUAGACGAUGUGGCUACAUACUUUUGGACUGAUUCACAAAUCGUGUUGGCAUGGAUUAACUCAUCCUCAGCAUCAUACCAAACAUUUGUGGCAAACCGUAUAGCUGUUAUUCAUGAGCACACUACCACUGAACAAUGGCAGCAUAUAAGCUCAAAAGACAACCCAGCUGACAUUCUAUCACGAGGACUGCCGCCGGGGAGACUAGAAACCUGCAAUAUGUGGUUUUAUGGGCCAACAAUCUUGCUUGGUAAAGAAGACACUUGGCCUUCAAAGUAUUCCAAGGCAUUAUCAGUAAUCGACGAAGGUAUCAACAUGGAACGGAAAAGGGUGACAUCAGUCGCUGUUGCAACCACUGGACAUGAAGGAAGCGUACUUUAUAGCAUUCGACACAAUGGCUCUUUCAAAACAUUACAAAGAGUGACAGGCUACAUGCUGAGAUUUAUCAACCA